GUGAGGGCAAGCUUUAUUCAUAGCGGAGCACAAAAUAUGCCUCAGUAAGGUUUAUGACUUCGCGCUUCCCAGUUUUUUUUUUUUCUCUUUUCACCUACAAAAUUAUAAUGGAUCAAGAAGCACAAAAAAGAAAAGAGCGUCUCGCUGCUAUUCGAAAGAGAAAAUUAGGGGGACAAGCUGAAAGAUCAACCGAAGAAGCAGAAAAAGCCUUGAAAUUUAGAAGUUAUACACCCAACGACGAUAAAUUGAAAGAACAUGUCGAAAUAGCCACACCAAAUGAUAUCGGAGACACCAUCGAAUCCGAAACAAAAAACCUUACAAAAGAGGCAUUAGCUCAAGCAGCAGAAAAACAAAAAGAAGAAGUUGAUCUCUUCAAUUUAGCACCAAAGAAACCCAAUUGGGACUUAAAGAGAGAUGUAGAAAAGAAAUUAGAAAAGUUAGAUCGCAAAACACAACGUGCCAUUUAUGAGAUUAUUCGACAAAGACUCGAAGGAGAUAAAGAUGCCAACCUUGCUGAGGUAGUUGCCAACGCAGAAGCUCAAAGAAAGUUUGAAGCAGAAGAAGAAGACUGAGGACCCUUUUUUUUUUAUACACAACAGAAUAAACAACG